AUGGCCAAUGAGCCGAAGUUCACCCCAGUCAAGCUUGCAAUUGAAAAAGGCCUAGCGAAGAUAGAGAAGUGGUAUAAGGCUGUUAGCCAGUUGGAAAUCUAUUUUAUAUGCCUUGCCUUGGAUCCUACAAUCAAGUUAGAAUAUGCUAAGAACAGCUGGAGUGAUGAGCAAUUUAGUAAGAGCUACAAGGCACUUGAGGAUGUUUUCAAUGAGUAUGUUAAGACUACUCCUGAUGCGGGAGCGGAGGAGUCCAAUACACCAGUGCCUGACCUCCCGAAGACAAAAAAAGGAUAUGGCACCAAAUGGAUCCAAGAUGCCGUGCGUAAGCGAGUUGAAAACGAGCGGAAGACACACAAUCCGUGCAAGAAACUCAAAAAGUACGUUGAUGGCCAUCUUGAAGUUGACAUUGAUCUCGUCAAGUGGUGGGGAAAUCAAACAGGCCAGUACCCAACGCUUUCACACAUAGCCAGGGACUAUCUCACCAUCCAAGGGUCAGCUGUAUCCUCGGAGAGAGUGUUCUUGAGUGGAGGUAGAACAGGGACUAAAGACCGGAACCAGUUGGCCCCUGCAACAUUCGAAGCACUGCAGAUCGUAAAGGAUGCAUACCGUACAGGUGUACUUAACACAAAACACAAUGUUUAA